ACUCCAGGAGGACAAGACUUCAACGUUCGAAAACAAACGCAGUACAGAAAAAUUUAUGUUAGAAUAAUUCCCGAAUCAUUUCAACUCAGCUGUCCAUUUUUUGGUUUAUGAUCAUAUAUCCGCAGUAGAAACAUCAGAAUCAUGGAAUAUGGAGACAGCAGCAGCAGAUGACUGCAGCACUCGUAACCAACAGGAAGAGCUAGCCUGUUAGCUUUCAGGCGAAUUUCACUACGGACAAAUCGACCAGAAAUUUGAAGGAAAGCCCGUCAGCAUGUUGAUGGUGGGCUACCAUGGAGGGAUCUUAUAGAAUGAGUGUGAGAGAGCUUUGUGAGACAGAUGAUCUGGCCACGAGUCUGGUGCUGGAUCCCUUACUGGGGUUCAGCACCCAUAAGAUGAACAUAAGUCCUCCUCCUGAGAUCCGGCGAUGGGGCUACCUCAGAGAGACCCUUCUGCGGUUUAAACGCACACAUGACUUCCAGGCCACUUUUGAUGCUCUGUUGGAUGGGGAAUGGGUCAGUGGCUAUUUCACUGGGCUGGGUUCACACCGACAUGAGUUGUUAAAGCAGCAUAUGUAUCGCUAUAUGACAGCAUUUCUGUUGGACAACGGAGUGAACAUUGAGCCGUGUACCCGCUAUUCCUCUGAGACAAACGGAGCCAAAAUCACAUCCACCCGACACUGGUUUGUGGGAGAACGGGUGGAGGUACUGCAGGGCUGUAUAGCUGAGCUGAGCCCUGAGGAUAGUGCUGUGCUCAGAGCAGGAGUGAAUGACUUCAGUGUCAUGUACUCGACUCGCAAGAGAUGUGCUCAGCUUUGGUUGGGGCCCGCUGCCUUCAUUAAUCAUGACUGCAGACCUAACUGUAAGUUUGUCCCGGGAGAUAAGAAUGGAGCCUGUGUAAAAGUGGUGCGGCCCAUCUCUCCAGGGGAAGAGAUAACCUGUUACUAUGGGGACAGCUUUUUUGGGGAGAAUAAUGAAAUGUGUGAAUGUUGCACAUGUGAGAGGAGAGGAGAGGGAUUGUUUAAGAAGAGAGACCAGUUUUCAGAUGUGGCUUGCUCCAGGGAUCCUUCUGGACAGAAAUAUGAGUUCAGAGAGACCGAUCUGAGGCUGAACAGGAAUAGGGGAAAUGGCACUCCAAAGCCAUUCCUCACUGUAUCAAACUCGGUCUUGCCAAUGAGGAAUACAUUUUCCCAAAGGACGAAGAGGAACGCCCUUGUUUUGAGCAAGAUGAAAAAGACUGAUAGGCGGAGGAGGGUGGAGCAUUGCAAACAGGUGGAAAAGAGAACACAAAACCCCUUAUCUUUUCCUCACCUCAAGCUAAAGGAGCUGAGCAUCUGCCUCCAUCAGCACAGCACAAAGUUCCUAUUAAGCUGUAAGGACCCCUUGAGCAAAGAAAGGGCCCUGCUCUACCUAAUUGAGAAAGAGCGACCAAAUCCAGACAGGAUCACAAAGAACAGAAAAUCUGUUUCUCCAAUACCCAGCAGGGCUAACAUAAAUGGACCAGAGGAGAGAAAGGGUGAGGAUGGUGAAGUGUUGAAUGGAGACCCUGUCAUUAGAUUUAAACCCUUCACUCUUGGAUGUGUUUCCAGUGUACAUGAAAGAAACAGUAUGAAGGCCAAGGGACGUAAUAUUGAUGCAUCUUCUAUCAGAAUUGUCCACCAGGGCAUUUCCUCAAGGACCAGGAAUAUUCUUCGUAAUCGUUGGAGCACUCCCCGAGCAAGGACUGGAUCUAAACUCUCCAGAUUCAACAAGAGGAGGACCAGACUGAUCAAAUCAAACUCUAAAGUCUCUACAGACCGAAAUGAAUGCUCUGACUCUCAGAAGACAAAAGAUGGGAAGCAGCAAAAAGGAAGUGAGGUUGAGUCCAAGGAGAUCACUAAUCCUGUUUUAAUCUCUCCAGGUAAAACAUGUACUGAUGAAAAUGUACUUCUUGAUGGAGAUGCUGGAGCUAACAGUGACAAAUCAUCACAAACAGAGAGCAUGGUGAUCAGAGAGGCGCAGCAGAGAGUCUUUAGGGAUCGCCUGAGGGAAGUGGCUGGCGACCGUAGACACAUCAGCGGUUCCAUUGCUCCUAGGAAAGGUGAUGUUAGUUAUUGUGUAGCUUCAGAGACCUCAGGGGAUAACAAGCAAAACCACAGGCAGUCUGUAUCUAGUGCUGUAAGCAUUACACCCUCCUUGUCUACACCAUCUCUUAACAGUUCUAUCUCUUUGCUCUCAGGGUUAAAUCGUUACCUCAAAGUAAGUCUGGUCAGGGUGGCUAUCCCAGGAAAACCAGAGGUCGAAAGUACAGGUCAGAGGGAGUUAGACAGUAGAAGAGAUGAGGAUAAAGCAGCAGCACCAGUACAGCAGAGCACAAAGAUAAAUGGGAGCAAAGAAAGCAAUAGACAAGGUAAGAAAGGUGUGAAGGAGUUGUAUUUCAGACCAGUAAAUAUGGAGAGUGCAGAUAAGUACCUCAAAGUAACAUGCGAUUUAGAGAUUGGCAAAACACAGCCUGUUGUGAAAGAACUUGUGGAUAUGCAUGUUAAGGAUAGCCAUAGUGAACAUGAAAAUGAAGGCAAGCAAGAUAAUAAUGUUCUAACGGUUGCAUCUGUUGAGGUCAUUCCAAUUCCAAAAAAAUCUGAAGAUUCUACAAAGAAAAGGAAAGGCGUAGGCAAGGAUAAGAAACAAACAAAUGUUGAGGGUAUACCUGAGGUACAAGAGCGAGAAAGAGUCAAUAAGCCGGGAGAAGGAAAUCACUUGAAAAAGAAAGUGUUAACAGUGCAUUUUGGGAGCAGGACUGUUGUUGUUAAAGAGGCAAAGGUACUGCUGACGGAUAUUAAAAAGAGUUUGAGUGGCAAGUUUAAUCAACAAGAUAAAUAUGCUGAUGACCACCAACUUCCAUGCAGUUACAGUGGUAACGGAGAAGUUGAUAAUACGAAGACACUAUCACUUGCUGACAGUAAUGAGACAAAGGACAAGCAUGAUGCACUUAACAGAAAUGAGCACACUAUUCAGGGACUCACUGCAGCUGAUCAGCCAAAUACACUUCAGGACACUCAAGUGAGAGAGUCCGAAAACACUUUGAUUUCCCCAGAGCCUCCAUCCAUGUUCAUGGUUUGUCUGGAUCAUAGUUCUCAGAGCAGUAUUCCCCUAAAAAAACGAGCAUUUCGAGAAUCACUUGAUACAGACCCAGAACAAGAUGUUAAUGUACCUGCAAAACACUGUACAAAUGUCAAUAAGGACACAGAAUUCAACUCGGACAAUCUGUUACCUAAGCCAAGUGAAAGCAGCAGUGUGGAGACAACAUUGCUGAAAUGUUCAUUACCAGAAUCAAGUCUAACUCAUAGAGGCAAAGUUGGCAUUGGGUCCAAAAAGCGUGGCUCAUCCAAGUUGAAACAAUGCUGCAAAGCUCAGAGUGCUCAGCAUGGACCGGUGAGAAACAAUGUCAGAGUUUGUGAAUACAGGGAUAGCACAAAUAAACCUGUUUGUGAGAGGACAAUCAAAGACCUUAGGAGUGAAAAAUCCAAAAUUGAAGGAAAAUUUGUUAAAUGCAACAUGAGAGAGGAGAACCAAACGAAUAGUGUGGAAGGAAUGGAAGAAAGAACUAAAGGACCAGAGGGCUGUGAUAUUAUGGAUAACAUAGUAGAUGCCAUCAGAGAUGAGUUGUCUACCUCAAAUGUUUUGGAUAAGACCGAAGAAGAGCAGAGGCUAAAUGUCAGAAUCCGGCUUAAGAGGAAAAGGGGAAAGGAGUGGGAAAUGGAUAGUACGGAUGAAGCCGAAAGUCUUGCGGACAAAUCAAGCCCACAGCAAUGCUUGGCUUUAGUUGACCCUUUUAGGGCAAUUUUGGAUUCUGUCUCAAUUUUAAAUGCAGAAAUGGAGAGGAUUCGGGGUCAUGGGGAGGCUGAUAAAGGCAUAGGUUUGGAGAAAGCCACCAAAGCAGUCCAAGACGUGCUAGAGCAUUGCAGAAAAGAAUGCGCAACUAAACCAUGUAAAAGACAGCAAAAAGUAUCAAAAGUUUGCAUCAACAAGAAAAACGGCAAACGCGCACCAAAAGAAAUUGUUCAAGACAGUGCUGAGGUUAUCAAUGCACAACUCCAACAAAACUCCUCUGGUCCAAAAAUUGAAACUGAAAUUGAUGACAUUAAACCUUUACCUUUGAUUAGAUUGUGCAGGAGAGCUGAAGGCAAGUGGGAGGUGGAGUGGAAAGAAGCUCAAAAUGAAGAUGGGACCAUUGAUACUGUGUACAGGGAGCCAAAUAAGUUAACAUCUGUCUCUUCUACAGCAGCAAUACUGGAACAGAUGCCUCUUGGCAAAGUUAAAGAGGAAAACCCAUCUCCGUGCCAGCAAAUAAUGUCAGUGCGUAGUUGUACCAAGGGGACUGAGACCUUCAAAGAUCCAGUGAGUUUUGAAACUUCACCUCUACCAUUAUCCCUUUCACCUUUAUCACUUUACUCUCCCUGCUAUGAUGGGCUGACGGGAGUUAGUAAUGUCAGUGGGAGUAUUGAAGCAAAAGAGGAUAUAAGAGAGCAUGUGUCGGACAAUUCCAAUAUUAAGACUGGAGUUAGUAGGACUGAGAAUAAAGGAAGGAAUGACCUGUGCUUGAGUCACAAUUUGUUUCAGAUUAAUAAAAGUCUGUCAAAACUACAGGCUCUGAGCCAGUCACAGAUAUGUGAGAAAAGUGUUCCCACUAACACCAGUGUAACAUCCUCUCAGAAUCAGUCUCCUCCCAUCUCUCCCUUUUCCACAGAGUGCAGCUUUAGUAACUAUUCAGAGGAUGUGCUUGACUUUCCAUGUUUAAAUCUUGAAAGCUACGAUCAGAUGCCUGCACAAAACAGCUUGGCAAGCUCUUUGAUAGAUUACUGUCCUGGGGAACCACAUAACACAGGAUCCUUCAGCAGCCCCUUCUCCCAAAGUCCCUCUGAUGCAUGGAAUACCGAGACCCCUUACCUAGGAUCCCCAAGCCCAGUAAGUAACUUUAGUAGCGGCGAAGAGCUGAGCUUCCCGGAUCUUGUCUUUGCUCAAUCGGACACAUCCUCAUCUAUUUGUGCGCCUCAACUACUCUUCAAAGAUAAGUUAUGUAAUACAGCCACAAGUUCUGCUCCUCUUCAAGACCCUGAGAAAGAACUGUACUUGACCGAUAGCGAGUUGUCAAAAAGUCCCAUAGAUCUCUUGGUGCAGGAAGAUUCAGCAACACCAUAUCUCCCCAAAGACCUGACAAUGUUUAACAAUGCGUCUACAAGUGCUAAACAGCCUGUACACCCAACUGUGCGCUUGCAUCCUCAGGAUAAAAAGUUAAACUUUCUUGAAUCCCUUGUAAACACAAAGUCCUCUCAGUCAGGCCUUGCUAAAAUUGAUGCUAAAGACAAAACCCAUGGACCUCUCAAUUUGCAAAGCUCUAAUACUAAAUCUGAAUCCGUAAUUUCAAACCAGUCAUCGCAAAGCCAUGGUGCUGGAACUCAGAGUAACCUUGUUACACCCUUCCAUUCCCUCCACGUAGGAAAUAAGUCAACCUCACCUGCAGAGUAUUCAGGUGCGUUCAACUCUGGUAAUGCACAUUUUCGUAGCAAUGACAAGAAGCUCUCUUUUUUUCCAAACCCCAAGAAUGUCUCGAAAACCGAGGUAGGCCAAAAUGCUUGUCAAAUUUCCAUGGCUGCUGGCAGCUCAAAAUCUCACAACAACCUGGAAAGCAUCUUUGCUUGGUCCGGUCCAUCAAGUUCUCACAGUGGGAAAGAAUCUUCAGCUAGAUGCCCUAAUGCUGGGUUUUCAAGAUUUCCUGAAAAUCAGCAAAAAAGCCCAAAGAACAUCCUUUCCAAACAGUAUCCUGCAAAUUCCAGUCAGCAAGGUGAUCACAUUCACCCUGUUUAUUUCAUCAGCUCUAGCAAAACCACAACAAAUGCUUUCAAGAACAUUGCAGGUAUGAAGCCUCCGAUCUCAAGAAAUGAUAAAGAUGCGUCCCUGCCCUCCACAUAUUUAUUUCCCUCAUCUCAAAGUUCUCAAUGUUACAGUACAACACAAAGCAAACUCUCAAAAUUAGAGAAACCCCAUGCUGUUGUGGCUCCCACUCAAAACACUCAACUUUCUGGAGUGUCUUCUAUUCAGCCUAAUAAGAAUCAGAUGUGUCCAAACGUUUCUCAUUGCGAUUCUUCUGAUUUCAACUUCAGCGCCUCUCUUUCACCUCCCGUGUCUCAGCACAGCAGUCCUCAUCUGGGACGCAGAGAAUCCUCAAUCCAUGAGGUCCCAUUGACUAAAACUCAGUCAACCACCUUUGAACACAUUCAGCCUCCUCACCAGUCUUACGUAGUGAACUUCACGGGAGAUCAUUCUGUGACUCUGGGCUACGGUGGCGAUGGUGAAAACUUAAAUUACACUGGUUCAGGACCUGCAAAUUAUACUUACCAUUGUCUUAUGGAGCCUUCAGGAACACAAGGAAAGCUGGUUGUAGAAGCGUGUGGUCCCUCAAACUUCACACCCUCUCCCUCUGUGAGUAGGUCUAAAGUCCACGGAGACCAGAUUGGAAAGGUUCAGCAGCAUCAAGGGCAGCCUGGAACUCACCCAUAUAAUUCUCUACACUUCUCCACCUCCCACUCGCAAAGUACCGCCACAACGGAUCGCAAGCCCAAGAGACUGAGGCUUGUGGUGACUGAUGGUACAGUGGAUCUGGACCUACAAUAUACUGAUUAAUAACAUCCUUUUGUUGUUGAUAUUCUAAGAAGUUAUUUAUUUAAAACUUCAAUGUAAUAAGGUGUUCUUCUUGUUUUCAUUAAACGUAAAUGGAUUUAUGUAAAUUGUCCUCUUCUUAGCAUCAAAACGGACUUUUUUUCUUGAAAUAUUUAAAGACAUAUUUUUAUUAGCACACUUGCUUAAUUAUUUGUAUGCUACAUUUAAUGACGUUUGUUUAGUACAUUAUUAUAGAAGAUAAUAUUUUCAUGCUAGUGGUUACUGUACGUACAAAAACAAAGGAAAAUAGAUAUUCUUUUGAUCCUGUAGUACACAAGACUUGCCACAUGAUGGAGAUGUGGUUCUCCACCAUGUGGAUAUUUCCUCCUAGGCUUUUCAGUUCAGAGUUGGCAAUCUAGAUUGCUUUUUGUUAAAAGGACAUGUCCUAUCAAAUGUGAGGAAAAAUAAGUGUGUAUGUCAACUUGCAUGGUUUAGUGGGUUUGCACAUGAAGGACCAGAGCAAAGUUCAUGUGCUUUCAGUUUUGGAUUGUUUCAAUGGCCAUUUGACAGCUUGAAUAGGAGUGUGCAGUUAAUGGUGCUCAAAUGACAAGCAUAUACUUGGAGCAGCUCUCAGGUGUCCUGUAUUUGGAUUCCUACAUGUCAUGGUAGAGAAGCUUUUACAUUAAAUGCUUACAAAUCACACACAUUUCUGGAUCUUACCAUCUGUGGUGUAAUGACAUGUAAUGCGGAAAAGAUGGGUUGCUAUUCAAAUAAUUGUAUGUGAAUAGCAUUCCCUUCUUUUCCACGCAAAUCUCACAUACUUUUCAAGCACAACUGUGUUUUGACGUUUGAUGCUUUUCCCCCCUCUAACUCUAAACAUUUGUGUAUAUCAUCGUCAUGGGUUUUUGUAUCAUAUUGGGUAGUAUUGCUUUGGUACAUUGGGCAAAUGCAUAAUUUAAUAGUUACCACUUGUAUUACUCUAGAGAGAUGUUUAGUGUCCUUCAGAGCUGAUCCUUAAUCAGACUCACUUAACACUUGAUAGAAUAUUGUUACGAUACUGUACUGUAGCCCUGUAGGUCACCAAGACCCAAAACCUGACAUCUCCCAACUUGUAUUAUUAUAAUUAUUAUUAUUAUUUUUAUUAUUAUCUUUUUUUUUCCCAGUCCAUGUCAGAGAUGGAAGUGUUUGUUGGCUUCUUCUCAGUUAUAACAGUUGCAGAUAUAAGAGCCCUGGGCUGUCCUACAUGUUUUUGACAUAGUUGUGUUAGGCCUUGCCUUU